GUGACUUGGAACAAGCGCUGGCAACACAUUUGCAUGGAGCUUUUGCAUUCAAUCGCCAAUGAAAAUCAACAAAAAUGGACAUAGCAUGUGUAAAUUGCGAGGACACAUCUACGCUUCACGAGAAAAAGAGGAUCAAACAUAAAACCUGGAGGGCCACAUUACGGUACCUUUUGAAAAGAUCCUCCUUGACACAGGAAUCGGCCUCAAAGAGAAGAUUUUGCAGGUUGACUCUUGAAGAACUAAAGCAAUGGGAGCUCUCUCUUGAAAGACUGCUGUCCAACCCCUAUGGGAAGGCAGCAUUCAAAGUCUUCCUGAAGUCAGAGUUCAGUGAGGAGAAUAUGGAGUUUUGGCUGGCCUGUGAGGAGUUCAGAAAAAUCCGAUCUUCGGCAAAGCUCACUUCCACAGCCAACAGGAUUUAUGAGGAGUUCAUCAAGAGCGAGUCCCCCAAGGAGAUCAACCUGGACUGCCACACGAAAGACUGUAUUGCACAGAAUCUCAAACAGCCAACUCACUCCUGCUUUGCUGGAGCGCAAACAAAGAUAUACAGCCUUAUGGAGAACUGUUCCUACCCUCGAUUCUUUCAAUCACAGCUCUACAAGGACUUCUGCGAACUGGCAGCCGGAAAAGAGACAUGACCGAAGGCUUGAAUCUGCUUUUGGAAGAUCAUCGGAAAAGCUUCCGCAUUUUAUUUCACCCACGCUCUGAAACUGAAUACGCUGGACCAGAAUAAUUUCACUCAUAAUAGUUGCCCAAGUGUUCUUGUGUGUAUGAAAAAUAUAAUUUCAGUAUGCAGAAUGUGUUACAGGUGUACUUUUGUACUUAACUCCAUCUACGGUGUUGAGAAAUCUAAGUUCCAAAUUAGUGUUGUGUUCCUAUUUAUAAGAUAAUAAAACUGCAAUAAAAACAGGAGCAGCAUUGGCUCAGGAGGUAAGAGCAGUCAUCUGGCAGUAGGAGGGUUGUAGGUUCCACCCUGGGUGUGUCGAAGCGUCCCUGAGCAAGACACCUAACCCCCAAAUGCUUCUGAUGAGCUGGUUGGUGCCUUGCAUGGCAGCCAAUCACCGUUGGGUUGGUGUGUGCGUGAAUGGGUGAAUGAGAAGCAUCAAUUGUACAGUGCUAUAUGAAUGCCAAACAUUUGACAAUGUGCAAUUUAUUUUAAUCGUGGUAAAUUACACUAUUUGUAUAUUAAUUUACAUAUACUUUAAUUCCAUUAAUUGUUGGCGUACUGUACUUUAGCAUCCUUUUUGAAAGUAUACUUUAAAUACGUUUUUAUUUGAAUGUAUUUAAAGUAGACUUUCAAAAAAGGCUACCAAAGUACAGUUACAAUUGAUGAAAUUAAAGUAUACUUUCAGUAGUAUACUACUAUAUUAGCUCUUUGUAUCCAUCCCUGGAAAGUGUACAAUGAUUACUUUUCUAACACUGAUUCAAGCUAAAGGCUAUCCGCUGUAGAGCCCUGUUGCCAUAUCUAAUUAUAUUGUUCUUUUUGUGUCAAUAAUUGUAUUGUUAUUUUGUCUGUAAUAAUCAAGUGUAGUUUAAUAUAUUAAUUUUUUAAGUUCAUGUAUAUAUGUAUGUGUAUAUAUUUUAUGUUUUUUAAGUUUUUACAUAAAAGGUUUUAGAAAAUA